AUGAGGACAAGGUUAUUCACACUGAGAACAAGGUUCCUCACCUUGAGGAGAAGGUUCUCUCACUCUGAGGAAAAGAUUCUUCACUCUUAUGACAAGGUUCUUCACUCUGAGGACAAGGUUCUUCAUUCUGAGGGCAAGUUUCUUCACUCUGAGGACAAGGUUAUUCACACUGAGGACAAGGUUCUUCACCUUGAGGACAAGAUUCCUCACACUGAGGACAAAGUUGCUGACACUGAGAACAAGGUUCCUCAGUCUGAGGAGAAGGUUCUCCACUCUGGGGACAAGGUUCUUCACUCUGACGACAAGGUUCCUCACUCUGAGGACAAGUUUCUUCACUCUGAGGACAAGAUUCCUCACUCUGAGGACAAAUUUCGUCACUCCGAGGACAAGGUUCUUCACUCUGAGGACAAGGUUCCUCAUUUUGAGGACAAGGUUCCUCAAACUGAAGACAAAGUUGCUGACACUGAGGACAAGGUCUCUCAGUCUGAGGAAAAGGUUCUUCACACUGGGGACAAGGUUCUUCACACUGAGGACAAGGUUCUUCACUCUGAGGACAAGGUUCCCCACACUGACGACAAGGUUCUUCAAUCUGAGGACAAGGUUCCUAACUUUGAGGACAAGGUUCUUCAAUCUGAGGACAAGGUUCCUCACACUGUGGACAAGGUUCUUCACUCUGAGGACGAGGGUCUUCACUCUGAGGACAAGUUUCCUCACUCGGAGGACAAUUUUCUUCACUCUGAGGACGAG